CGGCUCGGACGGUGUUGACGUUUGGUGGCUCGUGCGAUUUUCCCAGGAAUUUUACGUGAUUUCGUGCGCUAUCCGGUUCGAAAGUGAUCCCCACGGGGCCGUGAAUAUGUGCCACGAUCGUGGCCAGCGGAAUUUGUUUCGAUUUUGCCUUGUUUCGUUGGGAUUUAAGUGAAUUUCUCCCCCGAUGAUUCGUUCCCGACAUGAAAUUUUCUGUGAAUGUCGUGUCGUAUCGUAGACGUCGAACGACGACGACGACGACGGGUUUCCUUUCGCGAGAGUGACGUUUCCCGUGUAUCAUCGUCACAUCGAAAUUUGUAUUGCUCGACGAAGAGUGAGAGUUGGUGUGUGUGUUGGUGGUUGUUGCGGUGGGAUCGGUGUCAGUGUGUGUGCUGCAUACUCGGGGUUGGCAAUAAAGAGAAACCCACACGCACGCACACACAUUUAUGGGUGCUCAUUGAUUAGUGAGCAAAGUGAAACAGCAAGUGAGAAAAGUGGGAAGGGAAGUGUCUGGAAGGUGCUCGAAUAGCUCGGUCAGAGCGUAGUGAGAAGGUGCGGCUGCUCGAGAAGUGCAUUGUUUUGAAUUCGUUGCAUCCGAAGAAGAGAGGAAAUUUUCAAUGAUCGUGGCUCACUCAGCUGAGAAGUGAGUUCUGAGGAAUGUAGUAAGAAGCAGAGUGAUAAAAGAUAGUGCACCAGAGCGGUGUUUUUGUUUUUGGGAAACUGCUUGCGGGCUGAUGGUGUUACUGAUGUUGUUGUUCCUCAUGUGAUUGCGCUACAAAGCGAUGAGGAUGUGAUGAUGAUGAUUAUGUGAUGCGAUUUGCGAAAGAUGGCGACGGCGAAUACGAAUCGAAGGCGCGGGAACGAAUCGAAACUGUCCUGUUCCCGGUCCUGCUGCGGAGACCUCUUCGGCUAUCUCCUGAGGCUUCGGGUUAGCCCCGAGGAGCUGGAGCAGCGGUACAAAUCUCGGGAGAUUGAUAAAUUCCUCGAGAAAGACAAACAUGUCUUUCGACGACAGGUCAAGCUGCUACUGCUCGGAGCGGGCGAAUCCGGUAAGUCCACCUUCCUCAAGCAGAUGCGGAUAAUACACGGGAUCAAAUUCGAGCCCGAACUAGUUAAGGAAUAUCAACAUGUGAUCUACCAAAACAUAGUCAAAGGCAUGCAAGUGCUGUGCGACGCUAGGGAUAAGCUAGAUAUACCGUGGGAGAUUCCGACCUCCCAGCUGGCCGCGAACCAGGCGGUGAUGUUCCACAGCGGAAAUCUGCUGGACGCGGAACAGUUCCACCAGUACGUGCCGAUCAUCGCCAUGCUCUGGCAGGAUGGGGCGAUCCGGAGGGCGUACGACCGCAGGAGAGAGUUUCAAAUUAGUGAUUCAGUUAGUUACUUCUUAGACGAUUUAGACCGGAUAUCAAGGUUCGACUACGUUCCCACACAUCGUGAUAUAUUGCACUGUCGCAAAGCAACUAAGGGCGUAUUUGAAUUUACAAUUAGAAUACAGAACAUUCCAUUCGUAUUUGUUGAUGUCGGUGGGCAGCGAACGCAGCGGCAAAAGUGGACCAAAUGUUUCGACUGCUCGGUCACGUCGAUACUGUUUCUGGUGUCCACCUGCGAGUUCGAUCAGGUGCUGGCCGAGGACAGGAAAACCAAUCGGCUGGAGGAGUCCCGCAACAUCUUCGACACGAUCGUGAACAACACCACCUUCGCGGGCAUCUCGAUCAUUCUGUUUCUGAACAAAACCGACCUGCUGGUGAUGAAGGUGAAGAAUCCGGACACGGACAUCCGCUGGUACUAUCCGCAGUUCACCGGUAAUCCGCACUCGAUUCUCGAUGUGCAGAACUUCAUCCUGCAGAUGUUCAUGAACGUGCGGAAGAACACGAAAACCCCGAUCUACCAUCACUUUACGAAUGCCGUCGAUACCCAGAACAUCCAGGUGGUCUUCAGCUCGGUCAAGGAUACGAUCCUGCACCGGAACCUGUCGGCGUUGAUGCUUCAGUGAGCAGACAGGGGGAGGUUGUUCUCUCUAAUAUUCUCUGUAAUCUUCUUUAUAAGUACAUAUAUUUUUCGCUUUUGGUUAACUAUUAUUUAGAAGUUGUUUGGAGACGUGUCCCUUGUUUAAGACAGGUCGUUGAAUUUUUGUUGAUUUUCCAAUAAUAAUAGCUCUGGAGGAAGCACAGAGAAAACGUCGCGGCGGUAGAGAGUGAGCAAAUAGUAUGUUUAAACAAAAGAAAAAUAGGAAUAUCAUAAUUUAUUAUUCCCUUCUGGAAUCGUUUCUCUUACGUUGUUUUUUUUUUUGUAAAAUUUUAAGCUGGUAAAGAUUUCAACAAAAAGGUCUCCUCAACCGAUCGCAGUAUAUCAUGAUGAUGCCGAUAAGCCACGGGUAAUGAAACGAUCCAUGUUUUUAGAGUACAGAGUGGAAAUUGUGAAUUUUCACUGAGGCACUAUGGAUAGCGAAAAGUAUUCGAUUAAAGUUAUACAAGUUAGAGCGCAUACCCACAAAGAAGAAGAAGGAAAUAACGCUUAUCAAGAAAAGUCGUUUUGAAAAAACUCCACAACAGUGUAUUCGUGUAAAAAGUGACAAACUAGAAUUAUUCUCAACACACUUUUGAAAAGUAGAACAAUACACAAAAUCAUAUGUAUGAACGUAAUAAUACAUAAUGGAAGUUUAUAUUUUGAAAGAAUCGAAUCUUUUGAUUGUGCGAUAACUGUAGUAGGAAAAUUCAAACUGCCAUAUAUUUCAAAUAUAUUUUCGCGCUAGGAGUUUGUUAAUACAAUUUUCAAACACCUUUUUGAAUAUUUUUUUUCUUAAGUUUUGUUCAUGGUAUCAAUCGAAACAACAGUAUCUCAUUGUUCAUCAUCGGAGCCCUAGCUUAUUGCAGCUUAACUAUCAAUACUAUCUCUCUUGAAUGUUUCUCGAAAAAUAUAACCGAUGAAUAUCAGUUUUACUGUUUAGGCAAAUUCACCUGUAGCUAAAUAAAUCCUCUUCACAAACUCGCCAACCCAAUUGAAUGCCACUUAACAGUUAAAACCUAGCUUGUAUCUAUACAUUGACAAGAAUCGAAUAUCCCUUAACAAGAACUGCUCAUCAAUGUGACAAACGAAUUAGAACAAUAGAAACCAAGACAGCAGAGUCUAAACUGACAAAGUAAAGCAACAAUCAUACCGAAACAACAACAAACACAAUCUAAUGAAACCAAAAAUAAUUUUAAAAUAAACUAAAGAGCUGCUUACUUCUGCUAUGUUGUAUGGGAAAGGUCUAACUAGAUCAUCGUUUUGUAAACCUUCAUCUAUUCGAAUUAUAAACCAAAAUUUCAAAUGAAAAACAUGAGUUUGAGGAGUAAAAUGAAUAACAAUGACAAAACAUUGUAUCAUGAUUUAACAAAAUUGCUUAAUUCUAAACAAAUUGUAAAGUUUGCAUUUUUUCAAUAAUUUACUAUUCCCAUAUUGAAAGAAAACAGAAUACCACGCACAAAAAUUUUGGUGUCAAUCUACGUAGGAAAAAAAGAAGUAACGUAAACAUACUUUAGGGUGCCUUCAGCAACCGCAAUCGAUUUUCAUUCGGUUCCAUUUAGAGCAACACAUUUGACGAUAACCAGAUAGACACUAGAUUCGAAAUUGCAAACGAACCUAAGUAAGACUUAUUUUACUGAAGUUGCUUGAGCUAGCUGUUUUUAAACAGCCAGUAUCACUUUUGGAAGCAUUUUGUAUGGGUAGGUCGGCAAUUUUACACGUGCCACCAGCCAAGUUUACAAUAAUUAUUGAUAGGAGCGAAAUCCGGUUUUUACAAGAACAUUUUUAGACGUUAAAUGUAUUGAUGUUGUGCAACAUAGAUUAAUAACCUCCUCCCUACUCCUUACGCUAAGGUAAAAGGUUUAGAAAACGCAAAAUUCGUUCCAUCUCUAAGGCCUCCGUUUCCACUCAAUAAAGGAUCGUUUUAAGGCGAAUCAAAAAUCCCCAAUCCAAACAACAUUGCGCGAACCCAUACUCAACGCCAUGUGCCAUGUCUGUGGGGCAGAAAAGUAACCCUGAAACUCCUCUAUCAGACUAAUGCGAAGAAUUAUCGUAAAACAUUCUCAAUCCGGAAAUCGAUUUUUCGAAGCAGCACAUCAGAUUUCAAGGUUUUUUUUUUGUAAUCUUCCAACUACCAAACAACAUAAUUCUCUAAUACCUCUUCUGAUGGUAAAUUUGUAGCGUGAAGCAAGCUCUUUAUUUGUAUAUUUGUGAGAGAAAAAUGAAUUAUCCACAGCAAACAAAUUAAGUGUAAAAAAUAAACAAAAACAAACGAAUCGCUAGAUUCUAGCAAACGAGAACAAAUGGUAAUGUAAAAACUAAAGUUAAUAAAGCAAAUAAAUAUGCAAAUAAGUACGACAUAACAAACUCUUUUCGAACAAAGCGAAGUAAAUUAACAAUGAUGAUGAGAAAAGAAGGAAGAGAAAGCAAACAGAAAAUCAAUCACUAAGGAGAAGACAAGAAAAUGUAAUAUAAUAAGCCCCCCCAUGAAGGAAGGAAUAUUUGCUGUCAACAUGUAAAAGUUAUUCUUUAAGUUGUUUCUAUAUGUUACUACACGUGUAUAUACAAUGCGCAGCGGCAAACUUUUUAGAAAUUUACAAACUCUAUACAUAUAUUACACCACAACCUGAUGAUGAGUAAAUGAAUAAAACCAAUAAAACAUACAACAAGUCAACAGAA